AUGUCGUGGUUUGGUGGCAGCAAGAGCGCGAAGGAGGACACUGCGCCCAACUUCUGGCCCGCUCCGUCGUACACCAAGGGCUAUGCCGUCCCCACGGACAAGGACACCGAGUGGAUGUGCAUCAGUAACAAGGGAUUCCAGACCGAGACGCAGGUUUGGUACUCGAUCCUGCCAGACGGCAGCUUCCUCAUGGUCCAGGUCAUCUGGAGCUUCCUCGGCAUGUUUAUCAUCCCUGCCACCGCGCAGAUGACGUUCAAGUACUACAACCCCAACACCAAGCAGCAGGUGUGGAAGUCGGUCAACGUCGGCAAUUUUAAGCAUGAGGGCAAGAGCUGCAAGUCUGACCACUUUACCGUCCAGAAUGCUGGCUCGGCAGGCGGCGAGGAAACCUACACAAUCACUGCCAACUUGGACAACCAGGUCCAGCUCGACCUAGUCUACACCAAGCCUGCCAACGCGCUCGGCUUCAAGUACGGCCAGGGCGAGGACGGCGGCUACUCAAUCUUUGGCAAGGAAAAGCCUAUCGACAAGCGCGAGGGCUUCGUCUUCCACCGCUUCCACCCCAUGGCCUGGAGCAAGGGCACAAUUACGAUCGAGGGCAAUCAGAUUGAUGCUACUGGCGAUGCCGUCUUCAUCCACGCGAUCCAGUCUGGUAUGCGCCCCAACAUUGCCAGGCGUUGGAACUUUACCUACUUCACCACUGGUGGCACUGCAGAGAAGUCGGAGCUUGGCUCUGUUCGGGCUGUCCAGAUGGAGUUCCAGACUACUGACGAUUACGGAUCCGCCGGCAAGGGCUCGGGUCACACCAAGGUCAACGUCGGUGCUGUCUAUACCUCUACACUUCCGAAGUCGGUGCUCCUUGGCGUUGGCCAGACGUCCGCUGUCAAGCCCGACCAGUACCCCACGAUCAGCGAUGACACGUGUGUCGCCGAGCACCUUGCGUGCCUCCCCGACGCCGACACCGGCUACGACGCUCCUCAUGGCCUGUCCUUCACGUGGGCUGGCGACCGUGUCGAUGGCCAAGGCAAGGCCAAGGCAUCCGUCACUGUCAACGACGCCUGGGCCGGCCUCAUGGAGAAGGUCGACGUCCUGGCGGAGCUGCCUUACGUGAUCCGCAAGACUGUGACUGCUGUUACGGGUGCCAAGCCUUACAUCUUCCAGUACCACAACAACGCGACUCUUGACGUCGAGCUGGACGGUAAGACGGUCUCUGUACCGGGCUACAUGUUCUCCGAGGCUUCAUUCGUCUCGCCUUAG